GGGCAGGUCUGGAGCCUAGAGCAGGGGAUCUGAAGAUGGUGGCUGCCUUCGUCACUCCCACCCUGCUCCCUGUGUGUGUGCAGAGUGCCGGCAUCACGCUUCCUGCGGACCGCCAAGUCACAGUCCUGGUGCCCUCUGAGGCUGCCGUCCGUCGGCUGAGCCCCGAGGACCAAGCUUUCUGGCUGCAGCCACGGAUGUUGCCGAACCUGGUCAGGGCCCAUUUUCUCCAGGGUGCCUUCUUCGAGAAGGAGCUAGCCCGACUGCAUGGGCAGGAAGCGGCCACCCCGGACCCCAGCAACACACUGGGAGAUUCGCAACAUUAG